UAUGAUUGAAUAUGCAAAUCAGUCAACGCCAAUAUCAAAAAAAUAAUAUAUAUAUGCAGUUUCUAAACUUAUUUCUUUAAAUACAUGCAUAUGUAUGCACAUAUGUCGAUACAUUUAAGCAACGCAACGAAUAGCAGUGAUUCAUGCUUGUGCUCGAAAUAGUCGAUUAGCGAAGAAAAGAAGAUACACUGAAGAAAUUCGCUUGCGUACAUAUACCACAACAAAAACAAUUAAUAUACCCACCCAUACAUAUGUAUGUAUGUAUGUAUAUGCACAAGAGCGCAUUUGUAUAAAAAAAAUUUUAACGACGUCGAGUACGCCUUUAUGAAUAAUAUGUACAUACAUAUGUACAUUUGUACACAUAUACUUACAUACAUAUAUGAAUAAUCGUAGCAUGUGUCUUCUAGCAUAACGCAAUCACAUUUGCGCUUGGAUAUCAACGACCCACAAGAAUAAAAAAUUUCAUACAUACUCGCAAGCACACCGAGAUACAUGCAUACAUACAUAUCUAUUAAAUGAAAAGUGUGAAAAUCAUCAUUCACCCAGUGUGAUUAGCGUGCAAGAAAAACAAAAGACAAGCAAAAGUUAAACGAAAAUAAUAAUAUUUAGCAGGAAAACGAAUCUACAGAACGGAUUAGCGAUACAUAGAAAUUCACAACCAACGAACGGAAGAAAUAUCCGUAGAGUAUUCGAAAACGAUCUGGCGUAGACAAAAAGCAACGAAUAACGACGUAUACAAAGAGCGGUGCAGCGCAGGAAGAAGGCGGCACCACAUCCAUACAUGCAAACAACUACCAAUAGAUACAAGACGACGGCCGCACGAUAUAACUAAAUGGGAAUUUAGUAGAUAGAAUCGAGAAACGAGAAUCGAGAACCGCAAACUGAAAACUGAACGAAGCAAGAAUCUAUUUUUGUUUUUUCGUACUACUCAAAGUUGCACAUACAAAAAUUUCAAAGCACUAAUUAAAAGCAAAAACACAAGACAACAAAAAAAUAAAAAAAAAAACAAAAAAAACAAAAUCAAAACAUAAAAAGUAAGAAAAAACCAUAAAAAUAAUAAUAAGAAAAAAAAAUUCUCGAAAGUGUGUGCGCAGUAUUAGAGGAAGUAGAAAACGUUUAAGCAACAAAUAAUUAAAAUAUAUUCAUAUAUAGAAUCAGCGGCAUACGCCUUGAGCAGUGAAAACGGCUAAAACGAAAUUUUUUAAAUAAAAGAAACUACAAAUAUUCAAACACAAAAAGUCCUAAAACACCAAGUGACACUAACACAAAUAAAAAUAUUGUGAUGAAACAUAUUUCAACGGAAUUUCAGAACUAUUGCGCUAAUUAAAUUUUAUCCGUACUUCUUCCGGUGCGAUUACGAUCAAAACGAACGAAAUCAAAACGAUCUGCGAAUUAUUAAUCACAUAAUUAAAAAGCAGCAAAAAUUCUGAACAUACUACUACAUAUACACCAACGAUCGACAAAAUCGGAGUAAGGAAGAAUUUGGUAGACGGUCAAUUUGUUAUAAAAACGACUCAAGGAAAAUUCUUCAUGUACUUGCACCGCAUAAGGGCAUUAGGCAUUCAAUAAUAUACUAUUUGUAUUUUGAAAAUUGUGUUGAGAAAACCAAAGAUUUUUAUAGUUUCAAAGGAACUGUAAUCAAAAAUUGCGUAUAGUAUAUUGCAAAAACAAAAAUAGAAAAUAGUGUUGUGAACUAUUAUAAAAUUGAUAAACUUUGAAACUAAUUAAAACAGUUACUUAUUGCAAAAACAAAAUUGAAAUGGCCGAAAAAGUGGAUCAAUCACAAGCGACACAACAGCUCAACAAUCAACAAAAUGAUGCUCGUAAAAUACGAAAAUCUCCAGAAUUUCAGCCAAUGGCAAAUAUAACACCAGGCGCCAUACUCAGAGAACGCAGCUUUGUGCGCACCUCUAAUCAACAGAAUAUCAACAAAAGGCGCAGUCUCGCUUUCAAUGUACAAACUGCUGCGAAUCAGCACGGACAAAUACGUGGAAAACCCGCUAUAGACAUUUAUAGACCACCGAAUGUUCGCAACGAUGGCGCCACUUCGCCGGCGGUCUUGAACAAGUUAAACAUUCAUGCCCAGGAAUUCUCGAUGGGUGGCACGAACGCAACACGCACUACACCUCCACGAGGAGAUACAUUUAGGGCCGGAGAUACUCGUUCGUCGGCGGUCAUCUACCCAGCGACAUCAUCACCUCAGGGUUUGAUCCCGCAAUCAAAAUCAUCGGUGGCACUGCAUCAGCAAAUGCAAUAUAUGGCCGCCACAAAUGCAAUGGCUAAUCGUCGACAGGCUGGAUUAUCGCUCGGCAGCAUGCCCAUGUCAAAUAAUUCAAUGGGCAACAAAAUGCAUCACGUCGGCGGUCAUCGACCCAUUCUGGUUACACAUUCUCACCCGAUGGCCAUGAACCGUUUCUCGGGCGGUGUAUCGCAACAGAUUCCACUGAUUAAUUCCCCAUCCAGUGGCAAUAUAGUGCAUCAAACCGCCAAUACGAAUCGGGUGAAAUUCGCCAAUGAGCCACAGAAGCAUCACAGCCAUAAAAAUGGACAACAUCACCUUAUGCAUGACUAUCAACAGCAGCAACAACAAUUAAAUGCCAUGUCACAGUAUGCCGCAGCGAAUGGCAUAAGUACAGAUUCAUAUAUAAAUGUUAGCCCCCUGCAACGUUCCAAAUCAUUGUCUUCUGCUGACGCGUUAACACGUGGCAUAGCUGGUCUGGGUUUGGCUUUAGGGAAUGAGGUCACCGACAUCGGGCAAUUCACGCCCGAGAUACAGGCACUUAUCGAUACAGCUUUGGAGGAUCCGAACAAGUUGAACUCACGUGCGCUUAUGGAACUGACGUCACACUUCAUUAAACGAGCUGUUGAGGGCCGGCGCUAUGCGUUGCCCAUUUCUCGACUAUGCCUUAAUAUUAUAGCUAAAGAGCAGAAAGAAACCUUCUUGGAAGCGUUAUUGAAUACAUGUCGACAGUGGUACCAGGAGCGUGAAAAGUUACUGUACUCCAUACAAGGCAUGAAAUCACCUUCCCGUUUGCGCUUUACCGCCUUCAUGGCCUUUCUUACCGAAAUGUUCUGCCAGUUGAAACGUCGCCAGUUGCAACUGCGCACUCAAUGUGAAGGGGCACCACCGCCAUUGGUUCUGCUGACGUUGCUCUCCAAAUGCUGCGAAGACUGUGUUAUGCCACCUGUACGCUCGCUAUCUGAGAUCGAAUGCCUUUUUUAUGUGCUCACCUGCAUCGGUCAAGAUAUGGAAGUACAGCUGCCACAACAGUUGGAGUUGUUGUUGUCGCUGGUGCGUGAUGCUUUCUUGAAUGCAAGUGACGCUGCACCAGCCAUCCGUCGCACUUUAUUGCAAUUAAUUGAACUGCAGGCAUCACAUUGGCAAUUGCCCGGAAACACUGUCUUAUAUUACUAUCCAUCAGCUAAGUAGUAUAGCCUUACGCUUGUCCAACAACAGCUACUCGUAUGUAGAAUCAACCUUCGUUUACUCUCUUCAAACUGAAUAUAAGUAUAACCAUUGUGUUAUUCAGUACUCAGUUGACACACAGCUGCUCAAUUUUCGCAAUUUCACAUCCACUCAGUCAUUUCAAUUUUUCUUGUAUUGUAACUGGUACUUGAGAAUCAUUUAAGAUAUAUUAUAUAUGCAGUUGUGCUCGUUGUAUUAUUAUAUUUUUUUAAUUUAUUAUAAAAUAAGACAAGAAUUGAAAUUUUUGUGAAAGCAUUUACUGAAAAAAAGAUGCAAAUUGUAUUCAAGCAAGCGACUGUUUGCUUCGGAGAAAGCAGAAAAGCCAAUAUUAGAAAAAAAAUAUAGGCUGAACUUAUAACAGAUUAAUCAUAACAAGGGAAAAGUACUAACCUCAAAGAUAGUCAUGACACAGACAUACAAAUAUGCAUACAUACAUGUCAAACAAUAUAUACAUACAUGCCUACUUAUGGAUUAGGUGUAUACCUAAGAAAUUGGAGUUCAUAUAUAUGCAGGUUUAAAUAGCUACAAAUGAAUAAUAAAAUAAUAACAUUUUCUAACUGCAUCAACCGCUGCUAGAAGUUGAUAUUUCAAAAGGUGUCGCAAGCGUCGCAUUGUCUUAUAACGUAACAGUUUAAAAACGGUUAAAUAAAUAUUUAGAGUGCCUGAAAUUACAGCCAACUGUUUUUAUCUGUGUGAAAAUUCAUAAUAUAACUUAUACGGUACCUUGCGUACCCUCUAAAUAUAUUUGUGGUCAUUUAAAGUUUACGACUUACAAACAAUACGACACUUACGACACCUCUGUGUAAGUUUCUCCCAACUACGCUAAGUAAGUCGAGUUUUAUGAGUGUAUCUACAAAUGACGAUAUGCAGAUCAGUUCCGUCGGAAUCAUAUUUUGCUCCCUCUAUAAACAAAAGCAAUGUCCUUACUUUUUGAUUGUUGAAAAUCCUGGACAUAUCAUUCUUGGAAAAUGGAAAAAUACCUAAGAAGUUUAUGUUUCCUUCAUCCAUUGUUCAUUGUAAAAAUGUUUUUAUCCAUUUCAACUUGAUCAUUCGCAUCUUGUUACAUGAGUAUAAAUAAAAUAUGAAUAAAUAAAUAAAUAAAAAUUACGGGAGUAGUCAACAAUAUCAAUGUCCUUAGAGAAAUGCAAAGGUUGGUGCCCAUAUCUUCUAAUAUUUUUUUACAAAUGAGUUUAAAAUAUUCAAUAGAGGCGAUUCAAUUAUUUUCCUACACUUCUGGAUACUUUUCAAUUCGAAAAAUAAACUGCCUCCAUUAAUAGUUAGUUCUUCUUCGACAUUAAGCAUUUCUAGAAGUUGGAAAAACUGCUUGAGCACCUCGUCAUCGCUAUUUAGAGUUCUCACUUCGGUCUUGGCAUGUUGGUAACAAUUUCGGUAGAUACCUUACAACUUACAUUUGUACACUGUUUUCCAUUAUCUACUUAUAUUAUUUGAUGUUUCCAUUUCUUGAGUGUUUGUCUGUGCAGCCUCAUUUAUUUAUUUUGCAUACUCGUACUCCUAAAUUUUAAUGUAGAUUCUUAUUAGAAGAGAAGCUCAAAUUAUUUAUAAUACUGCAUAUAAAAACAAAUAAAUUCUAGUACAUAUUUCUUAUAUAUUGUAUGCACGUCAAAACUGUUUAAUAUAUUAAAUAAAAAACAUUAAAUAAAAAUACUA